UGUUGAAUGAUAUGAAUCAGUCCGUCUGUGACGUUGAAUGACAAAGCGUCAGGUACGUCCAGUCGUGACGUUAAUUAAUAUUCAUAAAACACUGCCUGUGAUUGGUUAGCUCGCGUUUAACAGUUUCAUAUUCAUGAAUGCGCAUGCGCCAUAGACACAACACGAGUGGAUCUGACGAAAUGGAGAUGUCACAGCCUGCAGUGUGUACUGUGUUCUUUGAUUUAGAAACCACUGGCCUCGAUCUCUCGUGUGAUAUCGUCCAGCUGGCUGCAGUCUGUGGACAUCACACAUUGAAUCUCUUCAUGGUUCCUCGACGCCCCAUUCAGCCCGGGGCGUCCCGAGUGACGGGCUUCCGGGUGACACGACGCCGUCUGUUUCUGCGCGGCAGGCCCGUGCUCACGAACUCCCUCCGUGAGUCUCUGGUGUCCUUCAUCACCUUCCUUCACGUGCUGGGUCGGCCUCUGCUGGCGGGACACAACAUCCGCAGGUUCGACUGUCACGUUUUGGCCCGAGCUCUGGAUGAGUUCAGUCUCUGGUCAGAUUUUCAGAGAGGAGUUUCUGGACUCGUGGACACUCUUCCUUUGGCCCGACAGCUUCUUAAAGACCGCGGACUGAAGAGCUUCACUCAGGAGAAUCUGGUGAAAAACCUGCUGGGCGUUUCAUACGCGGCUCAUGACGCUCUGGAGGACGCGCGGGCCCUUCAGAAACUCUACCGGGCCCUGACACCCACAGCCAAUCACAUUCAAAGACACGUGUUUACUCUGGACUCGUUGGCCACGGCAGGUGUCAGUCAAACAUCAGAUUUAUCAGAGCGUUUUAAAACAGCUGUGAACGUCACAGAGGAACGUCACAGCUCCGUCAGUUCGUCAUCUAGAGUUUGAAUAUGAUUUUAAACUGUCCUGUUUCUGUUCUUUAAUAAACACAUUGAAAUGUA